UUCCCCACCCCCACCUGCCCUCUUCAGCAACGUUGGUAAAGGACGAUUCUAGGCAAGGACUGAGAUAACGCUGAGCAAGGCAUCCAAUACAUGCCUAUUUUGUUCUAUUCACCAGUCGAUCUAUUCUACUAUUACUCUUCUAUAUUUCCUGCAAUUAUCGAUUGGUUUUGUUCCCAUAUUCGAGGAGAUAAGCAAGCGUGAGUUACUCACCGGAUGCGUUGCAUGUGAAGCCUUUCUGACACACUCGCAGGCGCUUGACUUGGACAACUCUGAGUCCAAAUUUGUUGGAUCAGGGGUAGUGGUUGUGCCUCAAUCCACAACACACAGACACGACACCCACGCUAUGUCGUUCAGGAAGAAGAACGUCGUUCUCGGUUCAUCCACCAGAGGCUCGGGAGGGGAAACAAUCGCCCCCAGGCAAGAAGUAUUGCCUCCGGUAGGAGUCCGUCCGUCACCCCUUGAUGGCCGCCCUACGAUAUCAACUGGGACAGCAUCUCUUGAUCAACUUAUGGCGGGACAUGCUGGUCUACCACUCGGAUCUAGUAUGCUUGUUGAGGAGUCUGGGACAACGGAUUUUGCAGGUGUCGUUCUCAGAUAUUAUGCCGCGGAAGGCCUCUCACAGGGACACCAAGUGCACGUGCUUGGACCGAGUGAAGCAUGGAUAGGCGAGCUGCCAGGCCUUGCCAAAACAAGCGGCUCGAGUAGAAGCAAACCGGAAUCCGGAAAAGGCGGCAAAAUGAAAAUUGCGUGGCGAUACGAGAGCUUAGGGAAUGAUCCCGGCUCUGACUCGAAAAAUGACACAUCAAAUUAUCGUGAAGCUUUUUGCCACAUGUUUGACCUCGGGAAGCGCCUGCAGCCUAGUGAUGUCAAGGGGGAACUUCAUGCGACACCGUUAAUGGUCACGAUGAGCUGGCUUCAAUCCCAAGGAUCUGCUAGCUUGUCGCCGUUAGAUGCCUUCAUUGCCAACAUCGCAGCAAGGCUGAAGGGGUCACCGCCUGGGACUAUUCAUAGGGUCCUAGUGCCGAGUCUUCUAUCGCCCGCACUUUAUGGAUCCUCGGUUUGCCUGCCGGAGCACGCGCUCCAGUUCUUGCACAAGUUGAGAGCUCUGUUGCGCCAUCACGAUGGGAGAUUAACGGCCAUGAUAUCGCUUUCGACGUCAUUGUUCCCGCGGUCGACUGGCUUUACGAGAUGGAUGGAGCUCCUGUGUGAUGGAGUGUUCGAAAUGCUGCCUCUCCCGCGAAAAGUACACGUGCAGCCAAGCACUAAGUCAGAGGAUGCGGUGCAGGGCAUGCUGAAGGUCCAUGAACUUCCCAUGUAUCACGAGAGAGGAGGCGGCUUGGAAGGGCAGUCUUUUCGGGAGAACCUGUCAUUCAGGCUAAGCAGUUUCAGCGGGCUAGUCUUCAAGCCCUACGUGUUGCCUCCUAUGCUUGACGAAGAGGUCACGGGGGCAAAGAAUCAGGGGAACAAGGAACAAAAAUUGGAGUUUUGAGUUGCAACCGCUUGUAAUCAACCCGAAUAUAUCUACAGAAUCGAAAUUGCGCAUCGCAGAACAGUGUGUGCUCGCAAGACACAA